AUGCGCCAACAAAAAUCCGACCCUCCGCGAAUAGCACGACAAUAUUCAACAUCAACACCGUUCCCAACAUCCCCCCGAUUCUCAUACCACAUCGCCGCCUCCUUCAUCGGCAAAGACCGCCCGUACGACCCGUCCACCCACAUCUUCCACUUCAAUCCAUACAACCGAAUCCAACCGCCCCGGCAUCGCCGGCCGUCCUCCCGCCCAGACUCCGGCCACGAUGCCUUCUUCGUCAGCCGCAUCAACGACUCUGGCUCCGUGGCCUUUGGCGUCGCAGACGGUGUAGGCGGCUGGGUUGAUUCAGGCGUCGACCCAGCCGACUUCUCCCACGGCUUCUGCGACUACAUGGCCGCCUCAGCGUACGAGCACGACCCGGCCAACAGUCCCCCACUCACAGCACGACGACUCAUGCAGAAGGGCUACGAUGCAGUCUGCAAUGACCGCUCAUUACACGCCGGCGGGAGCACAGCGUGCGUGGGAAUAGCAGCACCAGACGGAACAUUCGACGUGGCCAACCUGGGCGACUCGGGAUUCCUGCAACUCCGCCUCAAUGCUGUAAACGCCUACUCUGAGCCGCAAACACAUGCAUUCAACACCCCGUUCCAACUAUCCCUCGUGCCGCCGAGCGUGGCCGCGCGCAUGGCUGCCUUUGGAGGCGCCCAACUAAGUGACUUGCCUCGCGACGCCGACGUCUCCCAGCACUACGUGCGCCACGGCGACAUUCUCCUCUUCGCUACAGACGGCGUGCUAGAUAAUCUCUUUAAUCACGACAUUCUCAAAAUCGCAAGCCGCGUGAUGGUCUCCAGCGGCGCAUGGCAAAUGACCCCCUCUGGCGGCGUCCGCGUCGCCGACUCCAUCGAUUCACUAACGAAGCCCGCGAAUCUACCUGACGGCGAGUCGGAGGGUAAGCCCUCCAAAGCGGUAACUCUACAGAGUCUGCUUGCCACGGAACUAGUCGGCGCUGCCAAAGCAGCCAGCGUCAACACCAAGAUGGACGGACCUUUUGCAAAGGAAGUUCAAAAGUACUAUCCGCAUGAGCAGUGGCGCGGCGGCAAAGUCGACGACAUUUGUGUGGUGGUGGCUGUUGUCUCAGAGGACUCGAGUGGUUCUCGGAGCAAGCUGUAA